AUAUAUUUCCAGCUAACAGUGCUAAGUGACUAAGCCAUCAGUCAGUUAAUGUAUGGGAGAGGAGAGGACAUAUACAUACAUACAGUUUUCUAUAUAAUUGAACUGUCGAUAGACAUAGAGAGAGGAAAGUAGUGUUUUUUGACUCCCCAUACAAUACAACUACAUAUAACUACUGAACACAACAGUGUUGAGGACUUGUAGUGAAGUUUAGUGACUGUGUAUUAGUGUAUAAGUUUAUGUGUGUGAAUAUGUGGUACUAUUUGACACUAUUUGACAUGAAGUAAACGGCAAUAGUGUUAAUAGAAAUGGUACCAAAAAUAUUUCAAAUUUAACUGACAGUGACUUUUUGUGAUUUGUAUGGAUAUUCAAUAGCCUGGACUACCAGUGCGCUACACAUCUGGUGUGUGUGUGUGUGCAGUGAUUACUAUACAGUACACAACACAACUGUCCCCUCACUCUCAACAAUUAUUACCCUCUUUUAGUUUACGAGAAAAAAAAAUCUGUAUUAUCUGUAUCUGGUAUACCAUUAAAUAAAAACUUUUUUUUUAUUUGAAAAAGUUUUGAAUGUCAUACUCUACCAGCACCGGGACUACACCAGCACCAGCAGCUGCUGUCAACUAACUAUGUUUGAAGGAGACACCAUCACCAGCACCAAUACAUUUAGGAUGAAAUAAAUAAUACUAUAAAAAAGCUAACUUUCCUUAUAUAUAACAAAUAAGACAUACCCCCUCACCCCCACCCCCCAGGCCUACAAUAUGCCGGUACAGUCGGCUAACUAUCACCAAUCAAUGGAUACUACAACUAAUACUAGUACUAACCAUAAUCACCAUAAGCACAGUCAUCAUCAUCAACAACAACAAUCUACCAAUAGCCCAGAGAGUGAAUUUGAUGCCAUACUGGGCCAACUGUGCGAUCUGGGGUCGCAAAUAGAUAGAGAACUGUGCAAUAGGAGUACGCUUAGAGAAUCGUCAUCGUCGGGCACCACCGGCACUAUCGAUAGGACAGGUAGUAUUGGCUGUCCAACCAAUGGUAACGAUAUGGCCAACGAUACAACCAUCACUACCGAUGAUGACCCGGACAACAAUACCGUAGACGAUAAAUGCAAAUCGUCGACCGGAAGUGUCGACUCGACCGGCGGUGCAUCGACAGUGGUUGGCGUCGGUAGUGGCCGUACCGACUCGCCCGACAACGACUCGGCCUAUUCAGACUCGUUGUCAAUGUUGUCGUCUGAACGAUCGGAACAGUCAUCAUCGUCAUCGUCGGGUGCGUCCGGUUCAGUCAAAUCUAGUCAUCAACAGUUGCAGAUGCAAUUGUCCAUGAAAUCUAGUGGCGGCGGCAAACAAACUAUACAAUCGUCCAGUGCUAGUGAUAACGGUGCUCAUCAUCAUCAACAACAACCAGCAGUGAUCACCACUACUAAUACUAACACUACUACCACUGCCAACAACAACAACAACAACAAUACCAAUAAUAAUUCAGAUGUUCAACAAGUGUUUGUCAAAGUGUUUACCGCCGAUAAUAGUGCCAAAAGUUUGUUGGCCGACGAACGUAUGUCCGUAUCAUUGAUUUGCAGACAGUUGGCCGAAAAAAAUCAGAUACCAAUGGACCCGAAGUGUUCAAUUGUCGAACAUAUACCCGACCUUUAUUUAGAGCGUUACUAUGAGGACAAUGAAAGUCUAGUUGAAAACGUACUGCUCUGGACCCGUGACUCCAAUAAUCGGUUGUAUUUUAUGGAAAGGGAUGACAAAUAUGAACUGUUUAGCCAACCGGAACACUAUCUACUGGGGGCUGACAGUAGCGAACGGGAUGCCCAACUCGAUGAUGAAGCCAAGGCUAUACUAGUCGAUGAAUUUUUUAGCUCCGGUACGGUUCCGGUACCCGAAGUCGAAGGACUGUUGCAUUUGAAAUCGGACGGUAAGAAAACAUGGAAACGACAUUAUUUUGUAUUGCGUGCUUCGGGACUGUACUACUGUCCCAAAGGAAAGUCAUCUAAAUCAUCGAAAGAUUUGGUUUGUCUGAUCACUUUCGAGAUGAACAAUGUCUACCAGGGGGUCGGUUGGCGUAAGAAAUUCAAAGCACCGACCGAUCAUUGUUUUGCUAUAAAACAUCCGCAAAUACAGACCAAAUCAACCAAAUAUAUCAAAUACUUGUGCGCCGAUAGCGAACAGGAUAUGCGACUGUGGACUACGGGUAUACGUAUUGCCAAAUAUGGCCGACAAUUGAAGGACAACUACGAUACCAUACAGCGGGAUAUAGUGGAAGCCGAUCUGGAUUCGCUGGCCAAUCGACGUAGUUUUUCCGUUUGUUCAAUGGCCAGGAAUAUACAGCUGGCGGUACAGUCGCCGACUAAUUCGGCUGAUGGUAUGGUCAACGGUGGUGGCGUAUAUACGCCCACCCAUUCAUCGGCCGCAAGCGAUAUCAUAAGUGUCAGUAGUAGUAGCAAUAGUAGCAGACCUACCUCUAUAACCAUUACCACCAACAACAACAACAAUGGUGGCCAUCAUCAGCAACAGCAUCAGCAACACUAUCAUAAUAAUUGGCCAAAUCAUCGUAUGUCCCGAAACGAUUCGAUCAGGUCGUCGUCGACCAGUUCCAGCAGUGGUUGCCUAUCGGAAAAAGGAUCGUCAACUGUCAGUACGCCAACUAUGGAACAGUUAGCCUUCGAAGCCGACUAUCCAAUGGGUACUAUCAAACGCAAACCGUCGGUAAUGCAGCCGAAAAUACCGUUGACCAAUACGACCCGCAAUCUGGCCCUACAUUCGGACGAUGCCUUAGUCGAAAUGGACUCCGACUCGUCCGAUGUCGAUCUGGACACUGGUGCACCACAUUUCCAGUGCGGUACACUCAAGAGCGGUACACUGCGCCGAUCGGUUACCGAUGAUCGGCUCAAAAAUCGCAUAUACGACCAGUUAAGUCAACAACGAUUGCCGCCGCCACUGGCGACUACUGUUGCCGCCAAUAGUGUUGUUGUUGGAAGUGCUGUGAAAUUUAAUGGUGCAGUAGUAGUAGUACCGCCAGUGGUAGCCCCAGUGCAUCAUCAGCAUCAUCAUCAGCUGCCGGCGCCAUUGCCGUCCAAUGAUGGCCAUCACCAGCAGCACCAGCAACAACAUCAGCAUCAUCUCAAUGUUGAUGAGUUGCCACUACCGCCGCCACCGCAAGUACUCGAGCAUAGCUUAAGUACGCUUAGCCUGAAUUCAUUACCGCCGCCGCCCUGUGAAGUGAUUAACCACAACAACAACAACCUAUCGGACAGUAUAGACACCGUUGACUUUGGAUCGUCUAACUCGACCACACCGACCGGUGCAAUGUCGCCAGUGGUUAGUCCGAAAAAACCGCCGGUGUUGUUAUCGUCACCUCAGUCACCGCAAGUGCCGCCAAAGCCUAAACUAGUUCGACGUUUGUCCGAAACGGCCGGCGAUAGAGUAGGAGGAGGAGUAGAUAACCAGAGUUUUAUCGGCGAACUGACUUCAAGACAACGGUCGUCGACACUACAGCGAGGACUGUCCAGUCGGCAAAAACAGUUUGCAUUGGAACUGAACAAUACGAUCAGCGCCUACGGUACGUCACCCCGGAUGAAGUGCGGCCCGUAUGUCAGUGCCAUGAAUGGCAAUGGCCAUCAAACAGCUGGCCUGAGAUCGGGAGGAGAUGUCAGCAAUGAUUUAGCUUCUCAUUAUCGGUCCAACUCAUCGAUAGGUAGUUACCAUUCAUCUACCAGCUGUCCAGCGGGAGGAGGAGGAGUAGGAGCUGGAGGGGGAUCGUCAGCACCGCACACACCUGUCAACGAGAUUAUAGCUGCCGGCUCUCCUAUAUAUCAGCGAUCGCCUGUCCAUUAUUCACCCUUUCCUUCCAACAACAAUAGUAACAUACAGUCAUCGUCUCAGUUGACUAACAAUAGCCAAAAUAAUAGCAAUAGUAUUGGCAGUGCAGGUGCUCCCCAAUCGCCUAUACAUCAUAAUCACCUCCCGGCCUAUCAACAGCAACAACAACAAAUGCCUGUCCAAAACCAGUCAAUAUAUCAGUCCUAUGGAUCGCUUAAUCGACACCAUCACCAACAACAACAACGACAGUCACCAAUCGGUGGUGAUUACUAUCAACACCAACAACAACACCAACAAACUAACGGCACUUAUAGGGAAAAGAUAUACGAUUUCAAUACAAAUCUUAUACAACAACAUAAUCGUCAACAACAAUAUAGCAAUACUUAUAAUAAUAAUAAUAGCAAUACUAAUAAUCACAAUAUGAUGAUGACCAACAAUGGUCAGCAGCAUAUUACACACCAACAACAACAACAACAGGCCAACCCAUUUUAUGCCUAUCCACCGGUGCCCACCACCAACAACAACAACAAUCAUCAUCAUCAGCACCGUCAACAUACUGAUGCCCAACAAUUACCGCCACCGCCUCCACUAUUGCCAACACAGCAUCAUAUGGCUGUCCAACAACAACAACAACAACAGCAGCAACAGUGCUAUCAACAACAACUACCGCAACCACAACAAUACAAUGGAUACCAAUCCCAACAACAACAGGUGCCGGUGCAACAACAAAUCUACUCUAAUCAUCAGCACCAACAACAACAACAGCAGCCCAUAUAUCAGUCAAACAACAAUUAUGGUUUAGUUGGCAAUGGUGUACAACCAUCAUACCAUCCUAAUAAUCAUCAGCAGCAACCAACUGUUCCACCACAUCACCCACAACAACAACAACAAGUAUAUAAUACCAAUGGAUAUAAUAAUAAUACCACUUAUAGUGCUCAGACAACGACAACAACAACCAACCAGCAAAAUGUUAUCCGAUAUUCCUAUCAACCCAUGGAUCCAUCAGCCCGUAGUCCGCACAAGGGUCCACUGCCGCCACCGCCCGACCAAUUUCUGCGGGAAAUACAGCGAGUUAUGGACAAAAAAUGGAAAGUAGCCCAAACACUGUCACAGGAUAGUGGCCAGUCGUCGUCGUCGUCGACACCCAAUCAGAUACUCGGCUUUCGUGAUCCCAGAUAUUUGCCGCCAAACCAUCAGCAGCGACACCAACAACAACAACCUAACUAUCCGUCGGUAAACAACAACAAUAUGUAUGACGUGUUGCCAUCAAAUCAUAUGCGGUCGACAGUCGUCGUCAAUGGUUCCUCCUCAUCAGUGCCGGCGGCACCGGUAACCAAAUCGGUAAGGAUAUCGACACAAGUCCAGGAAAUACCUAAUAAUCAUAAUAGUCAUCAUCAUCAGCAACAACAACAAAGGCAUAGCAACAGCGGCAGCAGCCGAAACCUACCGCCGCCGCCACCACCGAAGCGGUCAGAGUCGACACACCUGUCGCACAGAUAGUAAUAAUAAUAAUAAUAAUAUGUUUCUCUCUAUGUGUUUACCUAAGCGUGCGAUCAGUAGUAGUAUCUGUGCUAUAUGUAUGUGUGUGUGUGUGUGUGUGUGACUGAGGAUUAUUAUUGAUGGUUAGGGUGGGUGAGUGAGUGAGUGGGUAAGUGACUGACUGACUAACUGAGAACCGGUAUUUCCUAUGUAUGGUGCGGUUCAUAGCACUUUGAUAUGGUGUGGAUCAUCCUAUUGUCAACUAAAUAAUAAUAAUAAUAGGAUAGUAUAGUAUACCUAUCUAUCUGUCUAUUAUUUAGUAUUUAACAAUAGAUAUUGACUUUUGGACUUUCAAGUGACAAAAAAUAUAUAUAUAAAUUA